UUCCUCUCCGCCUUUUCCCAGUGUAUACACGAGAUCUUGUUCCUGUCUUUUCAUAUAUAUAUAUAUAUAUAUAAAUGGCAACCAUUGUCGACGUAAUCUUUGUAGGCACAGGCACUUCUGGUGCUGUGCCUAAUGUAUCUUGUCUUACGGAUCCCAAGAAGAAGUGCAAAGUGUGCACGUCUGCCAUGACGCCUGAGGGCCGGAAAAACAUGAAAAAGAAUACCUCCAUGAUUGUACGAUAUCGGAAACACGACGAUCCUCCUAAUGCAAGACUUCGCACCGUAUUGAUCGAUUGUGGCAAAACAUUUUACGACAGCGCGUUGCAUAUAUUCCCUCAAUACGGUAUUCGUGAGCUGGAUGCAGUAAUCUUGACCCACGGUCACGCAGAUGCCUGUUACGGUAUGGAUGGUUUGCGUCAGUGGACAUUGGGUGGCGCCAUCCAGAAAUCAAUCAACAUUUAUCUGUCGGAUGAAACCAUGGAAGUUAUCCAGAGAACAUUUCCCUUUCUCGUCGACGUUCGCCAUGCCACAGGUGGCGGUGAUGUAGCCACGUUUGAAUACAAGGUCAUCUCACCGGAUACACCAUUCACCAUCCAGGGGUUAGAAUUCAUGCCUCUUCCAGUACACCACGGCACAUAUCUCUCCACGGGUGAACCUUACUGGUGUUACGGAUUCAAAAUGAAUGACAUCAGCUACAUUUCCGACACCAACUAUAUCCCACCGGAAACCAUGAAACGUAUCACUUCCUCACCGAACCGCAUAUUCGUCAUUGAUUGCUUACGAAUGGAAGUGACGCACGCGUCACAUUUUGCCCUUCCCGACUCUUUGGAUGCUGCAAGACAUGUUAGGGCGCUUAAGACAUACCUUGUCGGUAGCACGCACCGAGUGGAUCAUUACGGUUUGGAAAAAUCACUCGGAGAAUUGGCCACUUCUGAGGGCUUACAUGUAGCACCAGCAUACGAUGGCUUACUAGUCGUAUUUAACGAUGAUGGUACAAUGACAGAAAAAUCUUAUAUAGACCCAGAGCCUAAAACUGUACGUCCUUUACCCACUUCAAAUAAAUAGAAAGAAUUACAUAUAGAGUGAGAAAAACAUUACAGUAUAUGACAUGGAUCGAAUGGUUCUAUUCUAUAACAUCAUAGCUUUUUCCACUGAUAGAAAAGUGGUGUGAUAGACAUUGUGUUUGCAUGACAAUGACAAAGGGCUGAGGUUGAAUUUGUGUGCGUGCUUGGGUGUCUGGAC